UUUAUGUAUUUUUACUCUAUGGUAUACGAAUGGGAUUUAACGUUCCUCUUAUUUGAAAGAGUCAGAAGAAGCAUAUUACACAUUACGAUUCAAAUUUUUUUAUAUUGAUACAAUUAUGUCAGAGAUUAAAGAUGAUCCACGAGAAGUUCUUAGUCUUUUAAAUUCAUUAGGAUUCGUUGGCAUUACUGCAGCUCAACUAAAAGCUUUUAUGAAAGAUUUAAAAAUAUACAGAAAGAUAAAAGAACGUGAAAAACAGCAAAGAAAAGAAGAAAUUAAAACAAAAAUAAUUAGCAAGCAACAAGCUGUAAUUAAAGAAGUUUAUGGACAUCAGAAUACAGAUUAUUCUUUAACUAAUAUUGUUCCUUCCGAAUCUUCAAAUUCUCUUGACAACGAGCCAUUGGUAAAAGUAAGAAUAAGAUGCAUUCCUAAGGAAGAGGAUAUACAAAAACGAAAACAUCCUAAAGCUACUGUAAUGAGCUUAGAUGAAAGACCAUCAACAACAAACUACAAAAAAGAUAUUCAAAUAGCUGAAUCUGAUAGAAUUUAUUUUGAACAAAAUCGUGUUAAAGCUAAAUCUUACUCAAAUAUUGGGUCCUCCAAAAGUAAAGAUAGGCAAGAUGUUUCUAAAUGUCCAGUAAAAAGUAAUUAUUUAACAGAAAAAUGCAAAUAUAAUUUAAGAAUAGAAGAACAAGAGAAACCAGUGAUUUCAACACAUGAACAUCCAGUAAAUGAACCAAUUUUAUCGAAUCAUAUGACUAGACCAAGAUCAAAAAGUGUUGCAUCAGAUCCAACUGGAAAUGUGCGUAUACAAAGUACCUUAUCUGCAAGAUCAUCCGUUAAUUCUGGACAAAAAUCAUUUAUUCGACCAUGGAGAUUGCAGCCAGAAGCACAAAAGAAUUUUGGUAAUAAGAAAUGCGACCCUGUUGCUCUUUAUCAAAAGUAUCAACAAGAAUGGAAGCAGAUAUCUUUUCCUGGAGAAGCAAAGCAUUCUAAAAUAAGAUGGGCUGUACGGGAAAAAAUGCUUGGUGCAGAUCCGCAUCCCUUGCCACUUCCAAAAAAAUCUGCAAGCAUGCCGAUAUUAAAGCGAAAAUAAAGGGUGAUAAAUUAUUUUUAAGAGAAUAUACGUAUAAGAAUUUGAUUCAUUGAAUAUAUGACAAUAAUUAGAUUGUACAAAUAUAUUUUCUUUUAUAUGACGAUCUUAUUUAACACAUUAGAUAUUGUUAAUACAGAUAUUUAAAAUAUGCGUACACACAUGAGCAAUCUGUAUAUAUGUAAACAGUAAUACAUGUAACAUAAGUUUCUAAUUGCAUUAAAAACUUUUCUUUAAUGUUGA